CAUUACCUACACGCGACACAAUCACAUAACAAAAAAUAAAUAGCCGAACAAAAAGAAAAUUUGCAAACAAAAGAAAAACUUAAAAUUACAACUUACUGGGAACCACUUAGCUAUAUGUCGUCAAUCUAGACAAAAUUGCAUUUAUCAUCGCGUCUAACGACAAUUUAAAGACAGUCGAACCGAGCAAUCAGUCUCAAUCAGUGCUGGGACAUAACACAGUUACGACGUAACUUUCAUUAAAGUUAAACAAGUGUCGAAAAAAAAAAGUUUUUUUUUUCUUUGUUUUUUUGCAAGAAAAAAAAAACAUAAAUAUUACGAGAAAGGUCUUGAGAAAAAUUAAAUAAAUAAUAAAAAAAUAAGGAAGUGAAAGUGCGACAAAAAUUUUCUUCUCUAAAAAUUUGUCAGUAAUAGAUCUGGAGUGAUACUAAAAAGUUUAAAAAAAUAUUUCUAAAAAAAAAAAAUAAUUAAAAUGCCUGAAAUAAUUGAAAAUUUGAAGCCCGCCCUCACACAAGACCAAAAAUUGGAAUUAAUUCAGGAGUUACGGGAGCUCGUUUCAAAAUCAAUUUAUACUGAAUCCCGCACAGAUGACAUCUUCCUUAUGCGAUUCUUACAUUGUUGCGAAUGGGAUGUUGAUCAAGCUUACAAACGUAUCGUCAAAAUAAUGCAACAUCGGCGCAAUCAUCCCACAUGGUUCAUCAAUGAUGACGCCACCUCCUUCAUUCCCGUCUUAAAAGAGAACAUCAAGACCGUUCUCGAGAAACGUGACAAAAAUGGUCGUCGCGUUUACGUCACAAAGCUCGGCAACAUCAAGCCACACAUCAAAGCAAGUGACAUGGCACAACUCGACGAUUUAUGGUUCAACACAAUCUUAGACGAACCAGAAACCAUUGAAAAGGGCGUAAGCGUCAUCAUUGACAUGAAAAACGCUUCUUGGCGCAUCAUGAAGUUACUUUCGCCAGGAAACAUCAAAACAGCAGCCACUUCUGCAGAUUUGACGCCAAUUUCUCACAUGGAGUUUCACAUUGUCAAUUCGUCGGCAAUUUUGAAUUCAGCUGUUACAUUGAUUUUUCCAUUUUUGGGACAACGAUUGAAGGAUCAGGUGCACUUCCAUCACUCGAAUAUGAAGUCAAUGCAUGAGUUUUUGGGACGUGAAUGCUUACCGGAGGAAUAUGGCGGCGAACCUGGAAGCAAAAUCGAAUAUGAGCAAUUGCAUAAACAGCUGACGAUCGAUUUCGGAAAGGGAGUUGAUUAUAAAUUGAAUUCUGUGGAAAAUAUUACGCAAGAAGCGAUGAAAGAAAAUGUGAAACCAGCUAUUGCUACUAGAUAAGAAACCAAAAGAAACAUAGAUUAAGGGAUAAACAGGAAUUGAAAUGAGCUGUGUGGGAGAAUUUUUAUAUUUUUUCGUUCGUUUAAAUAAAUGUAGUUUUUCAAUAAAAUCUAAAUAUAAAUAAAUAUAUAAG